UAGACGUGCAGCGACUGCUGCAAGAAGAUUUAUUUUUGUAAACAACUUUUCUUUACACAGGAAAUACCGCGUUUUAAUUUUUGGAACAAAGAAAAAAAUAUAUAUAUAUUUUAAACUCAAACCCCUUUCCUUUACACAAUUCUUUUUUAAAUGCACAAAAGAUUUUGCAACAUCGCUACAAAAAUCAGAAUUAUUGCGUUUGCAAAAACGCAGCUGUUCAACAUACAUAGGAUAUAUUAAUAUUUAAUAUUUGAGAUAUCUGCCACGCAGUUUUUAAAAGCUCUGCUGUUCCUGUGUGUGUCUGCUAGGGGGCAGUGCUGAGUGAACGUCGCCAUGGUCAAACUGACGAAGCCCAAAACGUUCCAGGCCUACCUGGAUGACGGCCACCGCAGGUACAGCUGCGUGCACUGCAGAGCGCACCUCGCGAACCACGACGACCUCAUCUCCAAGUCAUUUCAAGGCAGUCAGGGACGUGCUUACCUCUUCAACUCCGUGGUGAACGUGGGGUGCGGUCAGGCGGAGGAGAGGAUUCUCCUGACAGGGCUGCACGCUGUCGCUGACAUCUACUGUGAGAACUGCAACACCACGCUGGGCUGGAAAUACGAGCAAGCUUACGAGAUGAGUCAGAAGUACAAGGAGGGCAAAUUCAUCAUAGAAGUGUCGCACAUGAUAAAGGACAACGGCUGGGAUUAGAGAGAGAGAGCGAGAGGAGACGACAGAGAGCGAGAGAGAAAGGGAGAGGGAAGGAGAGACGACAGAGAGAGAGAGGGAGGAGACGACAGAGAGCGAGAGAGAAAGGGAGAGGGAAGGAGAGACGACAGAGAGAGAGAGAGGGAGGAGACGACAGAGCGAGAGAGAAAGGGAGAGGGAAGGAGAGACGACAGAGGGAGAGGGAAGGAGAGACGACAGAGAGGGAGAGGGAGGAGACGACAGAGAGCGAGGAGGAAGGGAGAGGGAAGGAGAGACGACAGAGAGAGGGAGAGGAGACGACAGAGCGAGAGGG